AUGGAUAAUCGCACGGCCAACCUCAUAUUGGACGAACAUCGUCCGGGCCAAACGGUGGACAACAAUGCAGCAGUAGCGGCGAAUAGAACCGGAGAAGCCACUGUUCAGUUGGUUAGCAAUUCAUUCGUUAUAGACAUUGUGGAACGCAUCAAUGAAUUGUAUCACUUUAAGAAUUUCAUUUUCUACAUUUCGGAGAGAUUGGACUUACAGAAUGAAAACUCACUCGAUUUCUUUCGUGAAUUUUGUAUACAUUUUCCGCUGGCACCGAAUUUAAUAUUCACCCGGAACUAUCAUGCCUCAAUGCCCAUGGUAGAGCUAAUAAGUACACCCUCAUUGGUUAUGAUCUAUACAACGGAACGUGAUGAUCCCAUUAUGGAAUUAGCUGCCCAGAAAUUACGAGGAAUACGCUGGCUGAAAACCCUUUUCAUAUUGUUUCCAAAACUCAGCACUGCCGAGUUUUAUGUGGACUUUGAUGCCCUAACACAAUUCUCUAAGAAUAUUAACAAUACUUUUGAUUGGGUUUGGAGCAAACAAUUUCUAAAUACUGUACUGAUUACACUACAGAACAAUGUCUAUCUAUUGGAACCAUACCCCACACCAUCAAUAGUAAAUAAGACAGACUCCUGGAAGGCAGAUGAAUUUUUCUACAAGUAUAGUAGGGAUAUGAAGGAAUAUGUGCUAAAGACACCAAUACUCUAUGAUUUGCCACGGGUAUUCAAGUCGGAUAGGCCAACAAACAGUUAUGAGGAUAAUUAGAGGAUAAUGGGAUUUCUUAAGUUCGUAAAUGCUCGCAUUCUGGACACAAGCAGAAAUAUGUCAAUGUCUUUGAAUUUACCAAAUCUAUUGGAAUUGGUAGCUCAUGGUGUGUAUGAGACAUUGAUACAUUCAUUCACGGACAUGGUUGGCAACUAUUCGGUUAGCUAUAGCUAUCCCAUUGGCAUAAAUGACUGGUGUAUCAUGGUCCCAUAUCGCAAUCAAUCACCGGCUGAAGCUUAUAUACGUGAAGCAUUGGAAAAUAGCGCCUGGAUAUUACUAUUACUCUCGGUUCUUUAUAUAACCAUUGCCAUUUGGUGGUGUUCACCCAUACGUCCGCGAGAUUUUAGUGCUGCAUUUCUUCAGUCCAUAUGCACUGUGACCUAUAGUGCUCCUAUUUAUAUUAUUAAGACGCCGACACAUCGAAUACGCUAUCUGUAUAUUGUACUCUUUGCCAUGGGUCUCAUCUCGUCUAAUAUGUAUAUUUCAAAGAUGACCAGCUAUUUUACAUCGUCUCCACCACAACGACAAGUUAAUACGGUUCAGGACAUAAUCGAGGCAAAUUUAAGAAUAUUAGUUAUGACUUAUGAGAAUGAUCACAUUAGGAGUCUACGCAAUCAGUUUCCAGACGACUUUCUUAAACAACUUAACUCAACCCGCAUGGGUGUCAUAUUCGAACAUCUUUAA